AUGGCUGUCCUAAAAGUGACCUUCACUAAAUACAAACGGAAUAAGCUGGCCCAGAUACUGUGGCUUCUCAACUGGUUGUCUGUGAUGACAGGUAUUGUGCUUUUCAGUCUCGGUCUUUUCCUAAAGAUCGAGAUCAAGAAGCGAAUUGAGGUGCUGGCCAAGGGAGAGAUCAGUUCCACCUCCAAUAUGCUCAUCUCAGUGGGUCUCAUUGCUUGUGUCAUCAAUUUUCUUGGUGGGAAGAUAUGUUAUGACUGUUCUGAUGUGCACAGGUACAGACGCUGGCGCCUGGUCUUGCUUCCCUACAUUGCCUUUGCCUUCUGUUUCACAUUCUGCCUCCUUGUAGGUGUAUUUAUGUGUUACACCACAAGGAAGGAACUAGAGGAGUCUUUGUACCUGGGUCUGAGAGAGGCCAUCAAGUUCUAUAAGGACACAGAUAUCCCAGGACGGUGCUUCCUGAAGAAGACCAUUGACAUGCUACAGAUGCACUUUCAGUGCUGUGGCAACAACAGUUUCAGGGACUGGUUUGAGAUCCAAUGGAUAUCGUCACGGUACCUGAACAUGGCAUCGAGGGAGGUUAUGGAAACUUACUGUUUGAAGAAUAAUAUUGAUGGGAAGUUCUUGGUGGAUGGUGUUCCUUUUAGUUGCUGCAACCCUAACUCCCCACGACCCUGUAUCCAGCACCAGCUGACCAACAACACUGCCCAUUACAACUAUGACGUUCUCACUGAGGAGCUGAAUGUCUGGAUGAGGGGCUGCCGAGAAGCCCUAUUAGAUUACUAUACCCACAUCAUGCGUUUCAUUGGACUGGUGGUGCUUAACAUCUGGUUAUUUGAGCUCUGUGUUCUCACUGGUGUUCGAUACCUGCAAACAUCACUAAAGAAUGUACCUCUAGAUAAACCUGAACUGGAUUCUGAUGGAUGGCUCCUUGAAAACAGCUUUGUAGAAACUGUCAAGUACAAUUUGAAUUUCAUCAAAAACCUUGGAAAAGUUGACAAAGUGUCCACUGUCUCUGAGUUGCCAAACCUCAAUAAGGACAUCUAAAGUAAUAACUAGGGGCCAAAAAAUUCUUAAGUCCAUUCUGUCUAGCCAGCUGCA